CUUGGGGGAGGCUCCUCAGGUCACCAGACCAGGGCCCGAGCUGCCCAACCCUCAACCCCGAGGCGAGCAAGCGCCACCUCCGGUGACCCAGCGCCCCAGUCCGCUAUGCUGAGUCGCAGCGCUCAGCUCCAUGUGACCUGUUUCCGUCCUUCCUUCCGCAAGCGCUAAAAUAGCCGGCGCUAGGCUGCUCUCGAGGAGGAGGAGAAGGAGGUGGCGGCGGCCGAGACGAUGCGCCCCGCGGAGCCGGAGCCGGAGCCGCGCGCGCUCGCGGCCGUAUGGGCCUCUGAGACCAGACAUAAUGGGGAACUGGCUCCUACCCAAUGCAAAGCAGCCUUCCGGGAUGUCCUUGUCUUACUUGCUUCUUCCCUGCCUCUGUCCACAGUGUUGCACUUGAGAUGGAGCUGCUGCCCCUGUGGCUUUGCCUGGGUUUUCACUUCUCGGCCCUGCAAUGGAGGAAUGGAAGUGGCGUGGCCACAGCAGCUUCCCAAUGGGGCUGCAAGUUGGUGGAUGACCUUGCAGACUGUCAAGGGCAGAACCUUGCUUCGGUGCCCACCAGCCUCCUGCCCAACGCCCGGGUGCUCAUCCUGGAUGCCAACCCUCUCAGGACCCUAUGGAAUCACUCCCUCCAGCCUUACCGUCUCUUGGAGAGUCUCAGCCUUCGCAGUUGCCACCUGGAGUGCCUUGGCUGCCACGCCUUCCAGGAGCAAGGCCACCUUCGAAGUCUGGCCCUGGCUGACAACAGCCUCUCGGAGAACUAUAAGGAGACAGCAGCUGCUCUCCACACCCUGCAGAGGUUGCAGAAGCUGGACCUAUCUGGCAACUCCUUGACAGAAGACAUGGCAUCCCUCAUGCUCCAGAACCUCUCCUCCCUGGAGGCUGUGUCCCUGGCCAGGAAUACCCUCAUGAGGCUUGAUGAGUCCAUCUUUGAGGGCCUGGAGAACCUCACGGAACUGGAUUUGCAGAGGAACUACAUCUUUGAGAUAGAAGGCGGCACUUUUGAUGGCUUGACACUUUUGAGGCGCCUAAACUUGGCCUACAACAACCUCCCCUGCAUUGUGGACUUUGGCCUCUCCCAGUUGCGCGUCCUCAACAUCAGCUACAACAGCCUUGAGUGGUUCCUGGCAUCCAGGCAAGAGACCAGUUUUGAGCUGGAGAUGCUGGACCUGUCUCACAACCAGUUGCUGUUUUUCCCUCUCCUGCCCCAGUGCAGCAAAUUACACAGCCUCCUACUGCAGGACAAUAGCAUGGGCUUCUACAAAGACCUGUACAACACCUCCUCACCACAGGACAUGGUGGCCCAGUUCCUCCUAGUGGAUGGCAACGUGACCAAUGUUACUACUGUCGACCUCUGGGAGGAGUUUGCCUCGAGCAAUCUACCAGCUCUUCGCUUCCUGGACAUGAGCCAGAAUCAAUUCCAGUACCUGCCCGAUGGUUUCCUGAAGAAAAUGCCCUCCCUGGCCCGCCUGAACCUCAAUCGGAACUGCCUGGCCACGCUGUACUUCCGGGAGCGAGAGCCCGUGGGCACACUGGCCGAGCUGGACCUAAGCCACAACAUGCUGUCAGAGCUGCGCCUGGCCCCGGGUCUAGCCGGCUGCCUCAGGAGCCUCCGCCUGCUCAACCUGAGCGACAACCAGCUUCUGGGCGUCCCCACGGGCCUCUUUGCAGAUGCCAGUAACCUCACUACCAUUGACUUGAGCCACAAUCAGAUCUCUCUUUGUCCCUGGCCACUUCCGCUUCCCGUUCCUUCCAAGCCUGAGGGCGCCCCUGGCUGUGUGGACUUCCGGAAUAUAGCAUCUCUGAGGAUCCUCUCUCUGGAAGGCUGUGGGCUGAGGGUGUUCCAGGACUGCGCAUUCCAAGGGACACCCCUCACUCAUUUAGAUCUGUCUGGCAACUGGGGGGUCCUGAAUGGAAGUAUGGCCCCUCUCAGGGCCGUUGCCCCCACGUUGCAGGUCCUGUCUCUGAGGAAUGUGGGCCUCAGCCCUGUCUCGACCAAGUUGGACUUCUCGGACUUUGAGCUUCUGAAGGAACUGGAUCUGUCAGAAAAUUACUUAACCAGCUUCCCAAGGCUCCAAGGCAGGCUGCGGACCCUAGAUCUCCGGCGGAACUGGCUCACCGCGCUGCCUGCGCGGGCUGAGUGGGAGCAGUUUGCGGAGAGCCUGAGCGCUGUCUACCUCAGCCAGAACCCCUACGACUGCUGCGGACUGGACGGCCCGGCAGCCCUGGAGCGUCUGCACACCGUAGCCGACUGGGCCAUGGUCACCUGCAACCUCUCCUCCAAGGUCAUCCGAGUGGUGGAGCUGCCCGCAGGUGGGCCGCAGGGAUGCAAGUGGGAGCGGGUGGACAUGGGCCUGCUCUACCUCGUGCUUAUCCUCCCAAGCUGCCUCACCCUGCUGGUGGCCUGCACUGUCAUUGUCCUCACCUUCAAGAAGCCUCUGCUGCAAGUCAUAAAGAGCCGAUGCCACUUUUCCACCAUAUACUGACUGUGGCCACAUGCCAAGAGUAGUUAGAAAUUUGCUUCUUGAGGUAGGCGUGAUUGCACAUGCCUGUAAUCCCAGUACUCAGGAGCCUGAGGCAGUAAGAUUGCAGAGGGAGGCCAGCCUGGGCUACAUAUGAGUUUAAGGCCAGCCUGAAAGGCAUAGCAAGACCCUGUCACAAACAAGUAAACAAAAAGUUGCUCUUGGCGUAGAAGGAGACUUUCUUUGCUAGAUUUUAAAGUCUGUUGCAGAAACUGAAUCUCUUGAGUUGAGGAUUAAAUUAAAAUAUUAAAAUGUUUCCA